GAAAGUCCAUAGUUUCUUGGACUUUCAGCCUCAUCAUCCUCCGUUUCCCAGACUCAAUCACACUUUGGUGCAAGAAAUUUGGAUUCCAGAGGCUUUCUAAUCUUGCAGGAUGAAUGAACUUGUUGCUAUGCUCAUAUUCACUAUAGUUUUUCUGAAUCUUGGAGGCCUAGCAAGAUCAGAUGCCUAUUCCCAUAGGUAUAAAAGGGGAGAUGAAGUCCCUCUCUAUGGCAACAAGGUUGGGCCAUUUCGUAAUCCUAGUGAAACGUAUGCCUUUUUUGAUAUGCCAUUCUGUCCACCAGAUGAUCUGAAAAAGAGGAAAGAAUCUCUUGGUGAGGCAUUGAAUGGAGACCGCCUUGUAUCUGCUGCGUAUAAGCUUCCUUUCUUGGAGGAUAAAGAAUCCCAAGUCAUAUGUAAGAAAAAGCUUACAAAGGAAGAAGUUAUUCGGUUCAAAAAUGCACUUUCACAGGACUACUACCUCCAAAUGUACUAUGAUGACUUGCCUGUGUGGGCUUUUUUUGGGAAGGUUGAAAGGAAGGAAGAUGAAGGAGCAGCUGAGUUCCGAUAUCAUCUUUAUACUCAUUAUCACUUUGGAAUUUUUUACAAUCAGGACCGUGUAAUUGAGGUCAAUGUUCGAACAGACCCGUAUUCUACAGUUGAUGUGACAAAUGAGAAAGAAAUUGAUGUGGUGUACUUAUACUCCGUAAAGUGGAUGGAAACAAAUGUUGCGUUUGAGAAGAGAAUGGAGAAAUACUGGCAGUCCUCCCGUCUACCACAUCACUUGGCCAUCCAUUGGUUCUCUAUUACAAACUCAUCCGUGAUGAUUCUCAUCUUGAUUGGUUGCCUGGCAACAAUCUAUUUGCGAGUCCUGAGAAGAGAUAUAUUAAAGUAUUCUCAAGAUGAUGAAUCGAACGAGAACCAAGAAGAGUCUGGGUGGAAAGGACUCCAUGGGGAUGUAUUCCGGUAUCCACAACACAAAUCUUUGUUCGCUGCAGCUCUUGGUUCUGGAACGCAUUUGCUAUUGGUUGCAGUAUCUAUCUUGAUUUUAGCCCUGGUUGGUGUAUUUCAACCAUAUGAUCGAGGCGUUUUAUUGAGGACACUGAUCAUCAUUUAUGCUAUUACUUUUGGGAUUUCGGGAUUUACAGCAGUAUCUUUUUAUCGUCAACUUGAAGGAACCAAUUGGAUAAGGAAUCUGCUGCUGACAGGAGGGAUUUUUUGCGGGCCAUUCUUUCUUAUGUUCUGCUUCCUUAAUACUGUUGCCAUCAGCUAUGGCUCGACUGCUGCAAUUCCUUCGGGCGCAAUUGUGGUGAUUCUUAUUUUGUGGAUAUUUCUUGCCUCGCCCUCGCUAUUAUUUGGUGGGAUUCUCGGGAAGAGUAUGGGGUUUGAGUUUCGAGCCCCGUGUCGCACCACAAAGUGUCCUAGAGAUAUUCCACCAUUGCGGUGGUACAGGAGUGUGGUUAUUCAGAUGGCAUUAGCAGGACUUCUACCUUUUCUCGUUAUCUACAUCGAGCUUUAUUAUGUAUUUGCCAGCGUGUGGGGCCACCGGGUAUACACAAUAUACAACAUCCUCUUCAUUGUCUUCAUUCUCGUUUUAACUGUAACUGCUUUCGUGUCCAUUGCUCUCACUUACUUCCAGCUCGUUGCUGAAGAUCACAAAUGGUGGUGGAGGUCGUUUCUUUGUGGUGGAUCAACCGGGCUAUACAUCUUUGGCUAUGCCAUAUACUACUACGUGCAACGAUCAGACAUGAAAGGCUUCAUGCAGGUCUCUUUCUUCUUCGGGUACAUGGCCUGUAUUAGCUAUGGCGUCUUUCUCAUGUUGGGCGCGGUGGGGUAUCGUGCCUCGUUGCUAUUUGUUCGGCAUAUUUACAACUCUAUCAAAUGUGAGUAGUUGCCAUACUUUGGGUCUUGGUUUUGUAGAGUCAAUCAGCUGGUUUGGUUGAAGCCUUGAAAUUGUUAAAGGGUGAAGAAGUGGAGUGUUGGGUGUAUAGUGUUUGGACUAACUCAAAUAUACAGAGAUUGGGGGUACUUGAAGUAUGUUAGUAACUCAUAAAUGAUACUCUCUGUCUCAUUUUAUAUGUUCUAUUUAAUAGUUUGGGUCAAAUUUUGUUAUUGAAUCAGACACAUAAAAAUGAUGAAGAAAGUAUGGCAAA